AUGGAAUCUAUACUCUUGCCUUCUCAACUCAACGGCAUUGCACUUGUCAAAACUGAAGCUUCUGAUGCCGAAAUCCUGUUCUGGCAGCUUUUGACUAUCAUCCUGCUCUCACUAGUCUUCGGAUUCUUCUGCCGAUUCAUUUACAAAAUGAUUCGUCGCGCCAGGAUCCGCAACAUCGAGAACGCUAUCCAAAUGGCUUCUCCGCCAAACUUCCCGAUGGUUUGAUUCAGCUCAUUAAUCAUUCUGAUCUUGGUUCAGAUAUCGCAAACGGAUGAGUUCAUCGGCAGACCUCUAGGUAUCGAAGAGCUAACCGAGCCGCUGGAAGUGUGA